GAUCGAUUCAAACAUCGGGAGAAAGGCUACUGAAUAUAUGUAUAUUAUAUAAAUAUAUCUGAGAAUCUGAUGUUUUUGGAUGGUGUAACGUAGCCAGUUACAUGGUGCUUGUGAUGAUGCGGCAGGCUGCGUCCACGUCACACUCGUGCGUCUCGUAAAGUUUCCAAGCGGCUCGAGACGGAUCUGUAGAUCCACAUCAGCUCACUCUGCUUCUCCGAGAACUGCGGGAUAGUUACAGUAAGAUCACAACUCUUCUGAAAGAGCAAUGCAGCACCUAAAGCACUGCCAAGGUCUUGCUCAGGUCUUCUUUAUCAGGAGUCAAAGUUCCAGACUUUCAAAGAGCAUUAUCCCGUCACUGUCCGUGUGGGAUGGUCAUCUGUCUUGUUGCUGGAGGAGCACUGGUGGACAUGGAAGACAGAAAUACUUUAAUGACAGGCUGCCGAAGUUUAGAUUCGCUCUGGCAGGGCUGCUGGCAGGUACUGGAGCUGUUUUAGCCUAUAAGCUCCACCAAGACAAGGUUCAGUGGGCUGCUACUUCAGCACAGUUACGGGUAACGCAGACUUCAGAUCUUCCCGUUUACACCCUAGAAGAAGUCACAAAGCAUUGUUCCCUUGACAGUGGUGUGUGGGUCACCUAUAAAGGAGCAGUCUACGAUAUCACUGAAUUUGUGGCCAUUCACCCUGGUGGCGACAAAAUACUUCUGGCUGCAGGUGGAGCUCUGGAACCGUACUGGGCAUUAUAUGCCAUUCAUCAGCAAGACCAUGUUCUAGAAAUCCUCUCAGAGUAUAAAAUUGGUGUUCUUGAUACAGAGAGUUACAAGAAACAAGAGAGUGCCAACCCUUUAGACCCUUACUCUGCUGAGCCAACACGUCACCCUGCUCUUCAGAUCAACAGUCUGAAACCUUUCAAUGCCGAACCACCCGCAUCUAUACUUUCGGAUAAUUACAUCACCCCUUCAGUCAUAUUUUUUAAGCGUAAUCAUCUUCCAGUGCCCAGGGUGGAUCCUGAAGCUUACAGGUUGGAGAUCGAGGGUCUCCCUGGUGGAGUAGUAUCACUUAGUCUAAGUGAGCUAAAGUCUCGUUUUCCAAAACACACCAUUACAGCGACGCUUCAGUGCGCCGGGAACCGUCGUUCUGAGAUGAACGAAGUCAAGCAAGUCAAAGGACUCAAUUGGGGCAUCGCCGCAAUAAGCAACGCUACAUGGUCAGGUGCACGUCUGCGGGAUGUAUUGUUGUCCUAUGGCUUUGGACCAGAGGUUGCAGCGAAAGCCAAACAUGUCCAGUUUGAAGGGUUAGACAGGGAUGUGACUGGUACAGCAUAUGGUGCAUCUAUUCCACUGAACAACGCUGUGAGCGAAGAAGGUGAUGUUCUCCUCGCGUAUGAAAUGAACGGCGAGGACCUCCCACCUGACCACGGCUACCCUGUCCGUGUAGUUGUACCUGGAGUUGUUGGAGCCCGCAAUGUCAAAUGGUUGGGGAAAAUUGUUGUAAGUGACGAAGAAAGCAAGAGCCACUGGCAGCAGAAUGAUUACAAAGGCUUUUCUCCAGGUACUGACUGGGACACUGUGGAUUUUAAAUCAGCACCAGCUAUCCAGGAGCUCCCCAUACAGUCAGCCAUCACUCACCCAGCAGAGGGAACCUCAGUAGACCGCAGUGAUAGGGAGGUGACUGUAAAAGGCUAUGCGUGGAGUGGGGGAGGAAGAGAGGUUGUGAGAGUGGACGUCUCGGUAGAUGGAGGGAAAACGUGGCAUGUAGCCAAACUUCGCACUAGUGAUCAAGAACAGCACCCUGCUCCUCCUCCUCCACCUGGAAGAGCCUGGGCUUGGAAGCUGUGGGAGAUAGAUGUCCCAAUUCCUCAUAGGGCUCAGGAGCUGGAGAUUGUGUGCAAAGCAGUGGACAGUAGUUACAACACGCAGCCAGACACUGUCGCUCCAAUCUGGAACUUACGAGGAGUGCUAAGUAACGCGUGGCAUCGAGUAAAGGUAAAAGUGAGUAAGGGUUUCAAAGACCAAAAAUGAACUUUGUACGUGAACGUAAAAUGCAUAUAAACAAAAUUGUUGGAAUUCUCUUUGGUGCAGGUUGGGUUGUAGCUUGCAACUGUUUUGAGCUUUUGGGUUUUUGAAAGUGCUUGAAAUUAUUUUGAUUUUACUCUCAUAACUGGCUUCAUGGAUUAUUCCUGGUGUUCAAGACCAGGACACUUGGUCGAAACUGACUGUACCAAACAAGUUUAUCAUUUGUCAUUCAUUCCCAGGAGAAAAAAAAAGUGCACUUCAAUAAUGUACUUAAAUUGCUUCAGUAAUGUACCUAAACUUCACGCACUAAUUUUGUACUUAAUAUACUACAAAAUUAUUCUCUAUUACUUAAGAUAAUCUUAAGAAGAUCUAAGCGUACUCAAAUGUGAUAUUUUGGGACACCAUGAAUAUGAUUUAAGAAUAAUUUUUCGUAUAUUAAGUACAAAAUUAGUGCGUUAAAAUAGAGGACUAAGUACAUUAUGGAAGUGCUUUUUUUUUUUCGACUGGGUUGCUAUCAUGAAAUCUUAUGACAUGUAAACCACUUGGUUCAUAAUUGUAUACUGAACAUCAACAUGCUCAAUGAUGAAGGCUUGCAUUUCCACUAACAACUGAUUGUUACAUAAACUGCCUACUAAUAAUGUCUGUUUAAGAAUUGUAUUCUUAUAUUUUAUAUAUAUAUAUAUAUAUAUAUAUAUA